UCACGUCGCCCAACCUGCGCCUGGGUCCUAGUUGCCGCCGACUUCCCUAACGCUUCAUAAACAAAGAACAUGGCUGACGUCGGAUACAACUGGCUGCUGGUCCUGAGCUCGGUUUUUGUGUGUAAUCUCGUCAAAACGUUAUUACCAUCCAUUUCCUCACUUCUCACAAAGAUCCUGCAGAAAGAUGCUGAGCAGGAAAUGGAGAUGCGAACAGAAAUCCAGAACAUGAGGUUGGAGCUUUCGUCUAUAAGCAUGAUGGAUGAAUUCGCCAGGUAUGCAAGGCUGGAGCGCAAGAUAAACAAGAUGACAGACAAGCUGAAAACUCAUGUGAAAUCAAGAACGGCUCAGCAGGCUAAAAUGAAAUGGAUUGUCAACAUCAUUUUCUACAUUCUUCAAGCGGUUCUCAUGAUCUCACUUAUCUGGAAGUAUUAUGCAGACCCAGUCACUGUGGUUCCCAGCAAGUGGAUUUCACCACUGGAAAGACUUGUAGCUUUUCCAUCUGGAGUUGCAGGUGGUGUUGGGAUAACGUGCUGGUUGGUGGUCUGCAACAAAGUAGUAGCCAUUGGCAUUCAUGCUUUUAGCUAAUUCUUAGUUUAAGUCCUCUGUCUACGACUGUGGAAAUUAUUUACAAGAUCUCAAAAACGUGUUAUUAGGAGAACUAUGAUUUCAUUAAAGCCAAAUUAUGUAGUUUGUUUAAAGACAUUUUGGCUACCAAAUUUCCCCACGUUGAAUUUGAGGAAUACUGAUAAAUCUAGUCCCUUCUUUCAGUUGUAUAGCAAAUAAAGUUGCUUUUUGUUGUAAAUUUGUCAUUUUGAGCAUAAACUUAUAAUUUGAUUUUGAGUAUCAUUACACAUCUUUCAUAUACCAUCAGUGAUUUUAAUUUUUGUUUAAUGUGAGGGGUUUAUGGUUAUCUAAACUGUAAAUACAGCUGUGCCUCUUUAUUGCACUUGUAUAUAAAUCAUCAUCAAUGCAUUUAAGAAAUGUUUCCCAAUAGUUUACAGCUAAUGAAGUUAACAUUCCUGAACACAUAGUAAAACAAAUAGAACUGGAUAAUGGAAACACUAGUGACUUAUGUAACUAUGGUUCUGUAAACACUGGAUAACAGCCAGGGACGGUGAAUGUCAUGUGGAAACCUUAUUGUGUGCAUGGUGAGGUAGCCCAGGUAGCAGCAGUACAGACUUCUUGGCCAUGCAUUUAAGUAAUAUCCAUGAGGAGUAGACAUUCCUCGUAGAGUGUAGGGUCUGGCUAUGAAGCCUGCCAGUAGGAUAUGGCGAUAGUGUCCAUCACCCAGUGGGCCAGUUUUUGUUUAGACAUGGACGUGUCCCGUGUCUUUCCUCCAUGACAGGUGAACAGUUAACUUGAUUUGGUCCACAUAGUACCACAGGGUGAGUACUGGGCAUAAUAAGAAGCACUCCAGAAUGCUGCAAGAUCAAUUGAUUUGGUUAAAAAAAUUUGCUAUGACCUUGAUCAAUAACCCUGGGUUUUAUCCAAGAGGUCAUUCCAGAAUCAUCUGGCCACCAGAGCAUUCAAGGGAAGAAUAUCACCAAGGCAUGCAGUACUCUUUUUGCCGAGUUGAUCUCUAGCAAUGACAAUCUUUAGAGAAACUCAUUUCAUUUCAGCAUCCUUCAUGUGCUCAUAAGGAGAGGACUUAAAGGGCUCCAUCACAAGGGGGAGAUCUCAUUGGUGGGCUCUUGGGGGAACGUAACUGACGAAGACACCUUGUUCCCUUCAGAAAGUAUGUGAUAAUUUUAUCACUUGGACUCCUAGGUCAUAGUCCUCAACCUGCACUUUAAUCUGAGGGGCCAAACCCAUUGGCACAGCGAAGAAGUUCCCAAGAUGUUCUGACCACUAGUGAGAGCAGCAGGGGAAACCAAGGCCUUUACUGGCCAUUUUGGGGCCAUUAGCCAGGACUCUGUGGCCCAAUUUCUAAAUUCCGUGCAACACCGGCAGUCAGGGAGAGCCACAGUCAACAGGGACUCGAUUUGCCAUUGGCGAAGAGGUCCACUUGUGCCCUGCAAAACUUCCCCAAGAUCUGCUACACCACUCCUGAGUGCAGAUGCCAGGCAUAUAUUGUGCCUCAACAGUGCAUCUGCCUCACCAUUGUGCCAUCCAGGCAAAGUGAGAUUUUCUCAUGAGGCUUAUGCUUAUGAGUUUUUGUGCAAGGCAGACAGCGCUAUCCGGCCUUGUGCUGUCUUGAUGAUUGAUGUAUGUUAUGCAAAUGUUAAAAUGGACCAGCAUAUGGCAGUUUCACAGAACCAUUAAGAAGAACUGCUGUUCUAAUCCAUUCUAAUCUCACAGUGUGGUUGACAUAACCUCUGUGCCGCUGUGACACCACACUACCCCCAGCCAUUGAGAGAGGGUACGUGGUGGCUUCAAUGGAGCAACCCUCCCAAGCUGAUCCCUGUUGUCAGAAACGCCACCUAUGGACACCUGUGGACUUACGGCUGAAGGGUAGAUAACUGUUGGCUGAACAAAAAUGGUAUUUACCAAAUACUACCUCAUGUGGUCACUUUCUUGGGAGAUUUUGGCAUGUGUGCCUGCAUGCACAAGAAGGUACCCAGGUGAUAUUCACCACCCCUGGUGGUUAAGAGGGGUGAAACAGAACCUGCUAUAUAUUUAUUGAAUUGUGGUUGUAUUUCGAAUUGUUUUUUUGCAUUUUAAUUAAUUUAAUUAAAAUGCAAAUUCAAUUUGCGGAAAAGUCUUUAAUUUGAGGAAAAAAUAAUCUAUCAUUUGUAAUGAUAUCCAUACAAACAGUGUCCUGUAUUUUCACUUAUUUGAAAGGGUAGCAUUGGUCCACUGUGAAGAAAGCAUACUGCACCCUGGUUUGAUGUUUGAAUUUAUUUGACUUUUUGGAUGUUUAUAUUGAUUAUUAUAUUCAUUCAUGCUUCAUGAUGUUCAGUUUCAGUAAAUAAACACAACAUCUGAUCAAGCA